AAAGACAUCUUCUUAUGUUCUUGGGAAACAGCCAUGGCUGCAACUGCAGACGUUUGUGAUGUAAACCCACAGCUAAUUAUAAGUGGCGAGCUUCGGGCUCUUCAGCCAAUUUUUCAGAUAUAUGGCAGGCGUCAAGUUUUCUCUGGGCCAGUUGUAACUCUCAAGGUGUUUGAAGACAAUGUCCUGAUUCGUGGGUUCCUUGAGGAGAGAGGCAAUGGUAGAGUUUUAGUUGUUGAUGGAGGUGGAAGCUUGCGGUGUGCAAUACUAGGAGGCAACCCUGUACAACAAGCUCAGAACAACGGAUGGGCUGGUAUAGUGGUCAAUGGAUGUAUAAGGGAUGUUGAUGAGAUAAAUGGGUGCGAUAUUGGAGUAAGGGCUCUGGCUUCACAUCCAAUGAAAGCAAAUAAGAAAGGGAUUGGAGAGAGACAUGUGCCUAUAACCAUUGCAGGCACACGAAUAUCUGAUGGUGAAUGGCUGUAUGCAGACACUGAUGGGAUUCUGAUCUCUCGAACUGAGUUAUCCGUCUGAACAUCAACACUCUUACUAUCUAUAGUGCCAUUCAUGGAAAGUAAGCUUAUGCCGUGAUGUUUUUAUUUUUGUACCCUUGUUUUCCUACUUCACUUUCAAACUUUCAAUUAAGUUAAUGUGCUUGAGAGGAUGGAGUUUGUCAGAUUUGUGGGUCUAAUUUGUUAUAUGCCGUGCUGAUAUUACUGUACUUGACUGAUAAGUUUAUCUAUGUUUGGUUUCCAAAUGGUUAUGACUGAUUAUGAUUCAUAUCAACUGAUAAAAAUUAUGGUUCUA